AUGUCAGCAGUUGGAAAAGGAAAAGGCAGUAGAGAAAAAAUUAAUUUUAUUAAGACUUCAAAAUCUAAAAAGGCAGGGCUUCAGUUCCCAGUUGGCCUCAUUGCGAGACUAAUAAGGCAGGGAAAGUAUGCUGAAAGAAUUGGGGUAGAAACUCCUGUGUAUUUCGCUGCAGUUCUUCAGCAUUUAACUGCAGAGGUCUAA